AUGAUUGUACUUCUUUAUCUAGUCAGCUAUCCAUCUUCUUCAAUUCGAAAUGUCUCAAAAUCUACAUCAACACAUAUCAAGUUACCCCGUUCAGCAAACCGACCAGUAUCAUCCUCAAAAACCAUUUCUUCGAAUAAGAACAUAAUCGAUAAUCAAGGUCAAAUCAUCGAACCUAAUCUGAUUGCUCUCUUUACUGUACUCAGAGGACUGCAGUUUGGUUCUGGAUCUCAACGUAUUCGAAUCAGAUUAGAAGAUCCAAAGGCACCAACACUGAAUGAAUCUGACUACCAAUCGAUUCGUACCCAUCAUUCUACUUUAUUAACAGCAUUACCAGAAGCAUCUUUAGAUAUUUUUAUCGAAUACACACUCAAAUCUAGAAAUGAUACCUUUACGAAAGGAUUAAUUGAUGAUUUACUUGAUAUUUCAUCUGAUCCUACUACAAUCUUUACAAUCUCUCAACGUAAAUCAGGUUUACAGAAAUUGAUUGAUUUGUCAAGAAGAAAAAGAAGGUGGGUAUCUGAACUUGAAAAACGUUUAUCAUUUGUGACAGAUGAAUCAGUUUCAAAUUAUUUUCAUCAACUUAUCAAUCUGACUCCAAUCAAAGAAAGAAAUUCAUCAUUGGAUUGGAUUGGAUUAAGUUCCGAAAACUUAAGAUGUGUAAUGAAAUCACUUAGAAGAUCAAAUCAUCAUCUAUUUUGGGAUAUCAGUUUAAUGGAAAACAUUUGGAUGAAAAUGAUUCAAUCAAUAUCAAAUGAUAAUCGUAUAGAAACUCAUGCAAGAUUUGGAAUUAGAUCAAUAUUCAAAUGGAUUUCUUAUACUGAUAAUCCUGAAUCUCAAAAUCAUCCGAAUUUAUCUUUCAAAAUCACUCAGAAUACUUUAUCAUUAUGUUUAAAGAUUUAUAGUCAAUUAGUAGAAUGGAAUUAUAUCCGAUCAGAAGAUGUAUAUAGAACAUCAUUAGAAGAUGAAACUCUUGAACCUCAUCAUCAAGCGAUCAUGACGAUUUUAGGGUCUAUAAUUAAUACCAGUAUAAGACGAUAUAAUUCAAAACGAUUAGGAAGAGAUAAUGCUAAACUGUUUAAAGAUUCAUUUGAAGCUUUAGAAAUCCUUUGGAAUCAAAUGAGAGUACAAGGAUCGAUUUCUUAUCAACUUGAACAAUUCUCAAUCAAAUUAAUUCAAACGUUUAAUCAAAUGGCCAAAAUCGAUCAACGAUCUCCUGCACCUCCAGUGGCUAAUCUUUUACUUAGGUUUUCUGAUUUGGAUGCAGUAAGAGAACGUAGAAGUGAAGAACAUACACUUACUUCUGAUGAUUUGUUAUAUAAGAAUACAUUGGAAACUUUCUUUGAUUUAGGUCGUUCAAGCCUUUUAGUUGAAACAUGGUUAAACCUUGUACCUCGAUUAAAUUUGGCUAAACUGGAUUGGCCAUUACUUAAAUUGAUCAAUUCAUUAGAAGAAUUAUCGAAUCCAUUAAUAAGAGGUGAACGUGGUAAACCAUUGAAACCAUUUAAAUUAGUUAAAUUAAUUCUUUAUCUUAUGAAUUCUUUAUCAAAUGAAACUGAUAAAAGGAUGAAACCAAGUAGAAAAAAAGCUUUUAGAGUUUUAAUGGAACAUCCAAAAACCCAAGAAUUUGAUUGGAUCAAGAUCCCAUUACGUGAAUUUGAUAAAGAUGGAAUCGAAAUCAAAGAAGAAAGUGAAAGUUUAGAAAGAUUUGAAGAAGGAAAUUUGAAUUCGAUUCUAAGGCUUUGGAAAACUUCUUGGGGAAUUAAUAGGAAUGAAGAAAAAGAAAUCGAAAAGGUUAUUAAUCCAUUACCAUUAUCAUUACUUAAAUCGAUUACCAAAUUAUAUGAAAUCAAACCGAAUGAAAAAACAAAAGAAAUGUUAAAAGAAUCUAUUACGAUCUUUAUUACACAUCGUACUUUACCUGUUAUUAAUUUAAAAACUAAAACUAAAGAUCAAGAGAAUGAUAAAUUUUUAAACAUCAAAAAUACAUUUCUAUCACAUGAAGAAAGAUCACAAUUGAUUUCAUCACAUUUAAUCAUCAAUAGUGAAUUAAGUCAUAAGUUUUGUUUUGAAUUGUUUCAAGAAAUUCUGGAUGAUCAACUUGUUCCUUCUUCUAAAGAUUUAGAUAAUUUGUUUGAUUUGAUUAAAAAGGGGUUUGGGAAUAAGUUUGCAAGUGAGUUUUGGAAGUUUAAGAUUGAUCAAAUCGGCUUUAGAGCUGGUAAUGAUUGGAGAAGUAGGGUUAGGAGGACGGAUGGAUUUGAUGAGGAUCAGGAUGGUGGGAUUCUGAAGGAAAGGGAUGAGUUGAAGUGA